AAGCCCACAGGACGUUCAGUCAGCCCGCUGCUAACAGCUACCGCCAGAGUCCCUGGAGUUAGCCACCGAGCUAGCCAUGAGCUAACAAGCACAGGAAGCAGAGUGUUUUUAUUUUGCCUCUUCUCACUCACCAUUCGACUAUCAUUCUGCCCCAAGGGGAAACCAGUUAAUUUGCAGGAAUUUUUACCCUGCACUUCGUUACACCUGGAAUCCUUUUACGAUCUUCUUUUCGCAAUCCCAUCCAUUCACCCGCUGCCUUGACCUUUCACCCCCCCCCGCCCUUGACAUCUACGCCAAGCUAUGGCCGCUACGAAGCCCAAAGGACAGAACUCUCUGGCCCUCCACAAAGUGAUCAUGGUGGGCAGCGGAGGAGUGGGGAAAUCAGCCCUCACCCUCCAGUUCAUGUAUGAUGAGUUUGUUGAAGACUACGAACCCACUAAAGCAGACAGCUACAGGAAGAAAGUAGUGCUGGACGGCGAGGAGGUGCAGAUAGACAUCCUGGACACGGCCGGCCAGGAGGACUACGCCGCCAUCCGGGACAACUACUUCCGCAGCGGCGAGGGCUUCCUCUGCGUAUUUUCCAUCACAGAGCUGGAGUCUUUUGCAGCAACAGUAGACUUCAGAGAGCAGAUUCUGCGAGUGAAGGAGGAUGAGAAUGUGCCCUUCCUCUUGGUCGGGAAUAAAUCGGACUUGGACGACCGGCGGCAGGUCAGUGCGGACGAAGCGAAGGCUCGUGCAGAGCAGUGGGGCGUCUGUUACGUGGAGACUUCUGCCAAAACCCGUGCCAAUGUGGAUAAGGUGUUUUUUGACCUGAUGCGAGAGAUCCGAGCGAGAAAAAUGGAGGACAGCAAAGAGAAGAAUGGGAAGAAGAAAAGUAAAAGCCUGGCUAAAAGAAUUAGAGAGAGAUGCUGCAUUUUAUAGUGGUGAAGGAGAGCAGGCUAGCUGCUAGUGUACAUGUACAUUUCUCAGACUUUUGCAUUUCUUUUGUGCCCAGACCUGACCAUGACUUUCUGUUCCUGGCUAAAGCAGGACCUCUGACCGUGCAUCAGGAAGUAGUGAGGUGGCACUUCAUACACCAUUUUUAGCUCUUAACUUUUUAUGUGCUGACACUCAAAAUAAUUUAUGAUUUAUGUAAUCUCUUUUUCUUACUCUUACACAUGACAGAGUUUUAAUAGAUGAGUGAUGUUUUAAUUUUAGGCCUGAGCUUGCCAAGAAGCCCUAAAAUGUCCUGAAAAACCCCCGAACAUUUUAAUUGUAAAGUGUAUUCAUAUUAUCUUCAGACAGCUGUACAGGUGUAUGUUCAAUAGAGAAAGACUGAGACGUUUUCAGAGCCAAGGCUUAAACUGGGAAGGUGUAGUCAGGAAAACCCCCAGACCAUAAAUAGAGUCCACCGCUUUUGCUUGGAAAUACUCAGCAUUGCAGUGUGAACUUCUGGUUCAAGUGCCACCAAGUAAAUAUAAUUUCCACUUUUUAAUCUGGAAAGGAUUAUAUUAAAAUAACGCCUCCCUUUUCUAAGCAGGUGCCCACAUCUGUUGCCAUUCCUACUUGUUUUUUUAUGCGAUAACAGGCUUUUAAACACUAUUUUCUGUUUUUUUUGUUUUAUUCUCCUCCACAUGAAACACUGUAAAAUAGGCACACAAUUUUUCCAUUUUUUUAAUUUCUUCCUGUCAGUUUGUCUUCUAAAAAUGCACAAACAACAUUGAUCACUACCCUGAAUCCUCAAAGGGAUUUCUGCAACACUUGAACAUUUUUCAGUCCUAACGUUUUAGAAGUGUUACCUCGCUCGGCUAAGGAAUUUCAUUGCCUUUUUUGUGAUUGAGGAAUCCCUGGUGCUCUGAUUAAAAAAAAAAAAAAAAAAAGGUGAUUCCAUAACACUACAUGCAGCUCAAUACUAAAAAAAAAUUGCUUCCAGACAACUUAACUUUUUCUUGGCUCAGACUUUUAAUUAGCAACUUUAUAUUACACUAGUUUUCAUUUAAAUGUAUCUCUUAUUUAGGAAUAGCUUAACAGAAGGAGGAGUUAGAGGAUGAAAACAAGCAAAAGCAAAGAUUGAAUUACAAUUUCCUCUUUCCAAAAACGUUGCCGUCAGCAACCAAAGAAAACUGCUAGGUAAUACAAAUAACAGGGUUCCUACACCGUCUUCAAAAUUCUGAACCGGUAUUGAUGAAAUCAACUUGUCUAGAAAAACAUUUGUCUUCAUAGACUUUUAAUUGUUCCUUUAUUCCAAAAUCUUCAUUCCAGACCUUUCUACAGAUAACAGUUUAAAUAAGGUUAUCUCUAAACUGCUAACACAUAACACACUCAAAAACUAUUUUUUCUCAGAAAACAAUAUAAUACAAUUGUUAUUAAAACAGAAAUUUUUUUUUUUGCCCUGAUAAAAUGACAAAUUAAUAUGUAUAAAGUCCAGAUGUUUCUUUCUUGAGAUAAAGGACUCACUAUCGCAACAAAAUCAAACAUAAGCUCUUGUUGUCUUUACAACGGCACAUUAAAAUGAGAGAAUCUUGUUUUUUGCAAAAAUAAUAAGCUAAUGAACAGGGAGAAACGCGUGUGGAUCCAUUUGCACGCGCAGUUUUAUUCAUCUGGAUUUGUAUGUGCGUAUGUUUGGGUUGGAAAUCCAUGCAAGUCUUUGUUAGUGAAGUCCCUUUCGGUUGGAGCGCUACAUCAGCCAUGCAGUUUAACAUUGUCUAACACAGAACCGCGCCCACGUACCGUGGCUCAUGGGCAGCAGGUUUCUAGUGUUUUGUGUAUGGAAAAUACUGAUUAUGAAUGUUUUUUUUUUAAAAAAAAAUACUUCUUAGCUUCUACCUACAUGCCAAAAAUGACCUAAAACAUGAUUGAGCAAUUCAAAAAUUUGAGUCUAGAUUUUUCAAGUGAAAAAUGUGUAGAAACCCUGAAAUAAGUGCCCAGUUGUUAAUUCCAGUGAAUGAGAAAUUUCCAUGGUGAGCAUAAACCGAUCAGCACUACAGCAUUGUGUAAAAACAACCUUAGCAGAGGAUCGACAAGGGGGAAGUGAAACAGUUUAAUUGGUGUAAGAAAUGGAAGGUUCUGAGGGCUUUUGUAAUUCUUGUGCAGUCCGUCACGGUUGCCUCUCUGUCCGUCGUGAAUGUGAAUAAUCCCUUCUUACUCAUCCUGUAAUCCUAAACUGCCAGUGCUUUGCAGAGCAUAGAAGUCAUCGAUGUUCUACUUUUUUUUUUUUUUUGUUCCAUCAGCUGCAUCCUGUGGCAAGGCUUCUCUGUAACAUGUUAACAAAAACGUCAUGCUUUCCUUUUUUUUUUUUUAGUUCUUGUAACUGGAUGGUUUGAGAGGAAAGUUGAUGUUUGAAUAGCACAGAAAGCAACUGGCUGCUCUUCAGCAAUAGCUAAAUUUGACCAAGAAAAGAAUGAAAACCACCAACUAAACCCUUCUAUUCUUAAUUCUUAAGACUGAGGCUCUAAUUAUUAAGACAUUUAUUUAAAAUGUUUACACUUUUUUUUCUCCAACAGCCACACAAAGGUUGCUGCUAACAUCCAGUCUGAUUAUGUUUUAAACUAUUGAUGUGAGCUUAAAUACAGUUCUGGUCAGACACUUCUCAUGGGCAUGGAUAUUAUACUCAUUUAGGGCUUUAAAUGCUUUAUUUAAUCGUUUAUCUUUGCAGAGUGAAAUGAUUAUCAAACAUACAACUUAACUAAAUUUAAAAAUUGGAUUUAGGUGCAGCGAUUGAACUAUUUUUCCACAAAGUCAGUUUGGGACUUCCGACGUUUUUGUCAGGCUUGGUGAAAGCAGCAUCAUUCUGAGGGAAACAUUUAGCUGUCAGUGGUUACUGUGGGUUUUGAAUUUCUUUAUAGCCUGUAUGUAUAAAUUUCAUCAAUUUGAUAAAUUCAAACUUGUGCAUUAUAUUGUAGUUUUUAAAAUGCAUUAAAGUAGUGUGCUUGAUUAACCAAGUGACAGAAGAAAACCCACUUUAGAUCAAUUAUGAAGAUCUAGUAUUAGCGUCGCAUUCAUGCCAUGAAAAAUGGAUCUAAAUUUCUGUCCAAAACUUUAUGUGGUGUCUAUGCAAAAGGUUUUUUGGAACUGGAACAAGGGAAUGUAAAAAAAUUCAAAAUACCGUCUCUGUGUCUUUUAAACUACCUUUCAAAAAGGCGAAGCGCAGUAGAAGCACUUCAGCUCUAAAGCUCUCAGUAGGAAUCCGAUUUCAGCUCGGAAAACACAACAUCAUCCAAAAGUUAUGCAUCUUAUUAGAUUUAAAGUGACUCAGUGAGAGUUCAUUGAUUCCCCGAGUUAAUGCGUAGAAAAUGCACAAUUGUGUUUCCUGAUAGAAACGUGACGCAUGUUGAGCAUUAAGCACAGAGGCAAAGAGUUGGACUCUGGAGAGAAGGAGGCUAGACCCAAAAUGUUGGGAAGCCAUUAUAUCAGAACACUAAGCGGUUACAGAUGUUCUAAGGGCUAACCUUCGGCGCAUCACACAGAUUGGGCCCUUCCCAAAAAGUUAGUGAGACUUGGGAAGAAACUAAGAAAGACCCCAGUUUGUUUUGGGCAGGCCUUCCCCUACACUGUUCCUGUUUUUUGUUUUGCUUCAUUUUCAUGUAACGAACUUCACAGGCCAACACCUCUGCAGGACUCUAAAGCAGAUAUUGUGUGAAAAGCUGCAAGCAGAAUGUCCUAAUGGGGCUUUUAAUUAACUUGCUUUACCUUUUUCUAUUAAUGCCCUUGGAGUGAUGACAGCUAUCUACGUCUUGGACUGGAUGGUUGUUGUACGUAUGCCAUCGGUUAAAUCUCUCCUUCAUGUUUACUUAUUUUGAGCAUUACCACUAAUGUAGCCUGUUUGUGAAUGCAAGAGGUGAAGCUUACAUUUCAAUUCAUUUUUUGUGAGUAAUUUGGAAAUGGCAAAUAAAGUGGAUAUUACUAAUAACA